AUGCAAAUCCUUUCCCAGUUUGUCGGAGAAUGCGGUGAGCAACGCUUUGAGGGAAUUAACGUACUGCUUCUGGGCGUGGUGGAUAAGUUUCUCUUCAGCGCUCUUACACUCAGUUUCAACGCCUUCUUUGAGAAUACUGAUGGUUUGUCGUUCGGCUGUGGUGAUGAAGGAGAAAAGUUCGAAUUUACCCGUUGCGCCACCUCCAUCCUCCUGGCCGACCUCUUUCUUCAAAAUCUCGCUAAUGGUCUUUUGGAUGUUGUGCUUAAGCUGGACUGUUUGCUUGUGGGCGGUACCGUAGGGGUCGUAGGCAUUGGCUGUUUCGUAGAGAUCGCUGCCAUCGCUGGAUUUAAGAAGUGCCGUUUUAAAAGCAGUGUCCAUAUCGGUAGCCACUUUGAGCGCGGCGUCGAUGUUCUUUGUAUUGCCCUUCGCAGUGCCUUCGGCGAUGAACCACCCGAGGUCGGCGGCAGUCUGCCUGGCUUUGGCAACAAGCUGAUUGAGGGCGUAUUUGACGCCAUUGGUAAGAAGCAUGAUGGGACUGGAUUUCUUAUCAGGCAUUACAAUAUCCUCAGCACUCUGAAUAGCCGUAGCUAUUUUUUUAGCAAGCGCUUCUGCUUGUCCACUCUCCUUAAGUUCGGCACCAAGUAG